AAAGUGUCGCAUGUCUGGUGACGUUUCAACAAUCGACUUGCUCUCUGAAGUCUCCGGGCUGAGGCCUAUGGACUUUUUGUUGUUGUAAAAAAUUCCAAUCGAAACAUUUUCCCGUUUUGAGCGGAGUCUGGACCUUAUGAGGCAUUUUUGCUGGGAGUAAACUGCCGAAGAAACGCACAAUAGUUGGAAAAGCCAGCGCGAGGAAACAAGGGUUGAAAAAAUGACAUCUCGGAGGUGGUUCCACCCCAACAUCACAGGGGUGGAGGCUGAGAACCUGCUGUUAACCCGGGGGGUGGAUGGGAGCUUCCUGGCCCGACCCAGCAAGAGCAACCCUGGAGACUUCACCCUCUCUGUCAGGCGGAACGGAGCGGUUACCCACAUUAAGAUCCAGAACACAGGGGAUUACUAUGACCUGUACGGGGGGGAGAAGUUUGCCACCCUGGCUGAGCUGGUUCAGUACUACAUGGAGCACCACGGCCAACUCAAGGAGAAGAACGGAGACGUCAUCGAGCUCAAAUACCCCCUCAACUGUGCUGACCCCACCUCUGAGAGGUGGUUCCAUGGCCACCUGUCAGGCCGGGAGGCUGAGAAGCUGCUGACAGAGAAGGGAAAGAACGGUAGUUUCCUGGUCAGAGAGAGCCAGAGCCACCCUGGAGACUUCGUUCUGUCCGUCCGCACCGGCGACGACAAGACAGACAGCAGCGACAACAAGCCCAAGGUGACACAUGUCAUGAUCCGCUGCCAGCAUGACCUAAAGUAUGAUGUGGGUGGAGGAGAGAAGUUUGACUCUCUCACAGACCUGGUGGAGCACUAUAAGAAGAACCCCAUGGUGGAGACACUGGGCACGGUGCUGCAACUCAAACAGCCCCUGAACACCACGCGUAUCAACGCAGCAGAGAUAGACAGCAGAGUGAGAGAGCUCAGUAAACUGGCCGAGGCCACGGACAAGGUCAAACAGGGCUUCUGGGAAGAGUUUGAGACGUUGCAGCAGCAGGAGUGUAAGCUUCUCUACAGCCGUAAGGAGGGGCAGAGAGCUGAAAACAAGAACAAGAACCGAUACAAGAACAUCCUGCCCUUUGAUCACACUCGUGUGGUGCUGAAUGAUGGGGAUGGAUCUGAGGCUGGCUCGGACUAUAUUAACGCCAAUCUCAUCAUGGUAGUAACUGACAUCAUGCCGGAGUUGGAGUGGAAGUGUAACAGCACCAAGCUGAAGAAGUCGUACAUCGCCACGCAGGGCUGUCUACAGAACACCAUCAGUGACUUCUGGAGGAUGGUCUUCCAGGAGAACUCCCGGGUCAUCGUCAUGACUACCAAGGAGGUGGAGAGGGGAAAGAGUAAGUGUGUGAAGUACUGGCCAGACAUGUCGUCUCUGAAGGAGUAUGGAAUUAUGCGUGUCCGCAACGUCAAAGAGACGUCUGCUCACGACUACAUCCUACGAGAACUCAAACUGUCCAAGGUUGGACAGGGUAACACAGAGCGGACAGUGUGGCAGUACCAUUUCAGAGCGUGGCCGGACCAUGGUGUCCCUACAGACCCCGGUGGUGUUCUGGACUUCCUAGAGGAGGUCAACCUCAAACAGGAGAGCAUUCUAGAGGCUGGGCCCAUAGUGGUGCACUGCAGUGCUGGUAUUGGACGGACAGGAACUUUCAUAGUGAUUGACAUCCUCAUUGACGUCAUCAGGGAAAAAGGAGUGGACUGUGACAUAGACGUUCCGAAGAGCAUCCAGAUGGUUCGUUCCCAGCGGUCUGGGAUGGUUCAGACCGAGGCCCAGUACAGGUUCAUCUACAUGGCAGUCCAGCACUACAUAGAGACACUGCAGAGACGCAUAGAGGAGGAACAGAAGAGUAAGAUAAAGGGGAGGGAGUACACCAACAUUAAGUAUUCUCUGUCUGACCUGACUGGUGGAGACCAGCUGCAGAGCCCUCUGCCUCCCUGCACCCCCAGCCCCACCUGUGCAGAAAUGAGGGAGGACUGCUCCAGAGUGUAUGAGAACGUCGGUCUGAUGCAGCAGCAGAAGAGCUACAGAUGAGAUUGCCCUUUGACCCCAACGCUGUCCCAGGAAUUACAUUUUUUUGCCAGCUGCACCUGAACGCCUGAAACGUGAUCACAAUUACUACAACGAAAAGAAGAAAAUGUAAAAUUACGAAAAACUAAAAUCUGAGAGAGGUCUACGAGAGAACUGAGAUUAACGGAGAGGAUUUUGUUCCCUCUCUCCUUUUCACCCCCCCCCCCCUCUCUAGGAACAGUAGCCGUCUCGUCCCCUUAUAAACCACUGUGAAUAUCUGGAGAGCCCUAACGAGCUUAAUGACCUAACUUAAUAACAAGCCUAAACCCCUAAACUAAAGCUCAGCCUGAGUUUAGACCUGUCUCAGACCAGACCCAGGCUGAGACUAGCAGCAUUCUGCUCACCAGAGGGAGAACAACCUAGCUAACCUGUUCUGUUUGUCUUUGUUCCACUCUCUCUCCCUUUUUUGCCAUGAAUUAUUGUCUUUUUUCUUAUUAACCAAAGGAAAGAAACGCGUAGCUAGUUUGUUUUGGGAGCUAGUGAGACGAGUGAGCCCUUCUCAGAGUUGAGAAAAAAGGCCUGUGCCAAAAACCAAAAAUGGUUUCAUCCAACGUCUCAGCCAAUCAGUGGUUUCCCUCUGCCCGGCUAAACCAUUUUCUGAGAAAAAAGGGAUAUUUUCAGUGAUAAUAUUAAGUGUCAUGUUUUCUGUUACUGAAGGAAGAAUUCUGGGUAUUGUAGUCUCAACUUCCCAGUGGAUUACUAUUCAGUAUGUUGGGGAGGAUAUUGGUUUUGCCUUUUUAAAGACAUUUUAUAAUUUUUUUUUAUUUUUUAUUUCAUGUUUUUGUUGACAUGUUUUUUGUUGUUGCCACACUAUGUAAUACUGUCUCCCUUAAUUACCAUUCCUCACACCGAUGUCCUUAACGCAGCAUUCCCAUAGCAAAGUAAUGGCUACAGCCCAAGCCUUGUACCCUGGGUGGAGAUGUUGGCUAGAACUCUGUUUCCCUGGGUGCCUUGUGGUCCCACUAAGCACUAAUGUGGGGUCUGAGGGUAGUUGGUAGCUUCUGGAGGUGAGGUGGGGUAGCCUUGCCCCAUACUGUAUGGAAGUCCUGUUUUGACAACAAACGUUAGAAGAGUUGUCUACAGCACAGACAGUAGGGGACGAGGCAAUAGGUUGGGUGCUUCCUCCCAGGCUCUUCUGUGUCAAAGUUACUAUGGAAACUGUUUCAGAGUUUCUGGGGUAACUUGUUCUUUAUGCCAGUCCGCAGCAGGCAUCGCCACUGAAACGUGGCUGCCCGAAAAAGAAAAAAAAGUUUUAACAUUUUUUUUAAUUUUCUAAACAAACAUCAUAAUGAUACUAUUACAUUUUGUGCUUCUUCUGUUCUUUUUAAAGAUGAAUGCCUGUUGUGUACUUUUGAAGCACCACAUGAACUUAAUUUUCUCUGUUUUGAGAAGCUACCGCACAUUUGUUAUCUCUGGCAAUUUUAGUAUUCAUUGUUAUGGUUGUCAUGGAAACUACAGGCCCACUGUUGGUUGGCUGAAUUUGGUCAGAUGCAAAUUCCUUUCUUCUACAUUGGUGUUACGUAGUUGAAUGUGCAGUUUUCAGUCUCUCCGUUUAUUAUUUUGCUAGGUGCAUCACACUUAACCACAUUACUUUCUCAGCCUGUUGUCCAUAUGGAAAUAAGUGCUUAUUGUCUACUACAGUAUUCUGGAAAGGGUUGUUUCCAGGUUGAUACAAUCAUUUAAUAUAUAAUGUGUUUUGUAUGUACUUUAUCAUGGUAACAAUCUAACAUAUAACGUUAGCUUUUUUCGCCAACACACUCCUUCCAUUCUACACAUGAUUACUGGUUAAAGCCCUUUGUCUUUGUUUGGCAUUGCACCUUAUUCCCAAUGUAAUGCUAUGCACACUUUUUGUCCAGAGCCUUAUGAGGACAGAAGUAUUAACCUAUAUAGGGAAUAGGGUGCCAUUUCAGAUCAGCCCUUUGUGUAAUGCAGUUAGGGUUGAGGAGGAAGUUGUCUUGGUCUUUAGUAUGUACAGAGUUCCAUUCUCAUUUACCCCACUUUUUCUCAGAAGUGUGCACUUGUUCACUCCCCCUCAUGAUUUAAAAACAAUUGGAUUGGUCGAUGUAAGUUUGCCGUCCUUAGCAACGAGGGAGGACUAGAACAUUCCUUUUCUCAGCCUCUCUGGGGCUCCAGGUUACCCAUAACCACUGAUCUAGGAUCAGCUGUGCUGGGAAACACUUCAGAUCGGUGUCUUCAUCCUUUUCUUGGGUAUCAGAGCAGUUGUUCUUCUGAAUGGUUGGUUUGUUUGUUUCUCUGCUGGGUGGAGACCCUCUACUGACUGAGUUAGGGGAUCCUUAGUAUCCGCUGUAUGUAGUGUGCCCUUUCAUUGUUGUGUGUUUGUGGAACACUAGUCUGUGGCCUGCUUCUGGUGUUUGAAUGUUUCGUGGUGUGUUAGGAUUUGUGUGUGUGAAAGGAUGUGCGAGUGUGUCCAGAGAAUACUGCUGUUUCAGCUGCCUGCUCCUCAAUGCCUGGUCUUCUCUUCUGAAUUCUGUUUUCCUCUGAUCAUGAUGAAACGGCUUCAUCUCUUGUUUCCUGUCAUUUUCUGUCACGUAAAGCAUCUACAUGCAUAGAUCUGCCUCCCUAUGCAUAUGCAUUAUACCGUAUGUGUUGGUUAUACUCUGUUUGACAAACCAGUGCUCUUCAGUCUCGCCUCCAUACCUGAAAACACUUUGUCAACCCGAAAGCAUAAAAAACACAUUUUUUGGAACUCAAUGCAAACAAACAAAACAAAUUAUAUUUUUUAACUUGUAUAUUGUACAUGAAUAUCUUGUAGAGGAGAAUGUACUUACUAAACAUAUCUAAUUGCCAAUAAGAUUUCCUGUCUGUGUAAUAAUCCAGUAGCUCUCUACCCCGUGUCAUGGAGUUGGAGCUUUCUCACAAAGCUUAAGAGGUUUAUGGUAUUGUAUUUCAAUGCAGGUAACCAUGGUAACUUCUUGAUAACAAUAAUAAACGGCAAGCUCAUGCCUCA